AAAGAGAGUGAUGAGGGAAACGGGAUAGAGAAUAGAAGAGAAAUUGCGGUGGAAAUGAAAGUGACAUGGAAGAAGAAGAACAAACGUGGUUUACCCGCCGCCUUAUCACUCUUUGAACCUAAUUCACAGUCAAACAACGACGCUACUACUCAACAUGAUUGUGAUGAUGGAACUCCCAAAUCUACGCAAUUAGCUAUGCAAUUUCAAGCCCAAGGAGACAACCUUGCUAUGGAGGGGAAGUAUAGGGAAGCACUGGGUAAAUGGGAAACUGCUAUUACAUUGGCACCUGAUGUUGCAGUUUUGCAUGAACAAAAGGCCCAAGUUUUACUAGAAAUUGGAGAUGCUUGGAAUUCCUUAAAGGCUGCAACUCGAGCUACUGAAUUGAAACCAUCGUGGGCUGAGGCAUGGGUCACACUUGGCCGAGCACAGCUGAAUUAUGGUGAGCCAGAUAAUGCUAUUGAAAGUUUUGACAGAGCUUUAGCUCUCAAGCCUGAUUAUGAGGAAGCACAAGAUGAUAGAAAAACUGCAUUACGGCUUGUAAAGAAGAGAAAGCAACUUCAAUCAUCAGGCUUGAGUGCCAUCCAAAAUCGUUAUACUGUAGGUGAUAAUAAGAAUGAAAGCUCAUGAAGGUAUUCCUGUGUAAUAUUUGCUUGUCUGAGUUGCUGUGUAAUAGGAAAAUUUGAUUAACUGUGAUCAACUUCAUGGCCAAAAAGUUCAUAAUUGAUUGGGAUGUAUAUGUGACAUGAUGGUUAUGAUAAUGUGAUAAAUAUUGUACCCCUCCGUUCUUAGAUUAAGAAUUAAUGAAGUAUGUUUGCUUUCAUAAAA